GGAAACGCAGCUGCCGAGAAGUGUGCGCACAACUUGCCCGCAGAUGAGCCACAUGAGAAAUUUCAGAAUAAAGGAAGCUGUGAGGAAGGCUUUUUUUUCUGGCACAUUCGCUGUCACUUUGUGUGCUUUUUACUUUUCAUUCAUUCGCGGUCUUUCACUCUGUGCUCUCUCUCCUGUUCUGUCUACGCCCUCUCCCUCUCUCUCCCUCUCCCUGCUUGCUCAACCUGCUUAUCUGAACUGGGCAGGGCUCGAUAUACUCACAGCACAGGGGGAGGGCCUUGUCUGCUUUCAAUCAAUAACCUCUGGAAUUCAGAAAUACAAGUAGGUCCUGUCUCUGGCAGGCUGUACCACACUCUUGAGGGCGGGCUCCCAGGCGCACUCGACGGACUCUAUCUGCUCCUGCCAUUCUCUGUCUGUUUCUGCAGGUCUGACUGAGCCCAUCACAAUGGCUGAUCUCAGUUCUCCAGAUUAUUUCAGCUGCUCCCUGUGUGUGAACCUCCUGAGGGACCCCGUGGCGAUCCCCUGUGGCCACAGCUUCUGCAUGGACUGCAUCAGCGGCUACUGGAACGAGGCUGACUACACAGGGAUUUAUAUUUGUCCCCAGUGUAAGAUCACAUUCACCCAGAGGCCAGUGCUGCGGCCCAACGCCACUCUCAGCAUGGUGGCUGAGAAGAUCAAGAAGAGCGGUCUGAACCUCAACCUCAGUACAUCCCAGGGGAACAUCUAUGCUGGGCCGAGCGACGUCCCCUGUGACUUCUGCUCUGGGAAGAAAUUAAAAGCGUUGAAGUCCUGUCUUAACUGUCUGGCAUCCUACUGCGAGAAGCACCUGAAGCCGCACUACGAAUCAGCCACUUUCAAACGGCACAAGCUGGUGGAGGUGCUGCCAAACCUGGACAGGAAGAUCUGCCCGCAGCACCAGAAGUCCCUGGAGCUCUUCUGUCGAACAGACCAGAUGUGUAUCUGCGCUAUCUGCACAGUCAGUGAGCACAGGGGCCAUGACAUGGUCUCUGCUGAGGCAGAGCGGGGCGAGAAACAGAAACUCUUGGGAAUCUCCCAAGCUGAGAUCAGACAGAAAUGCCAGGAGAGAGUGAAGGAGCUGGAGGAACUGAAGACUGCUGUGGAUUCAUUAAAGAACUCAGCCCAGAGAGCCAUGGUGGAGAGCCAGAAGAUGUUUGAGGACAUGAUCCGCUCCAUUGAGAGAAUGAGGUCAGAGGUCACCAAGCUGAUCGGUAUCAACGAGAAGGCUGCUUUCAACCAGGCCGAGGCUUUGAUCGAGAGACUGGAGCAGGAGAUCGAUGAACUGAAGAAAAAGGAGUCUGGCCUCAAGCAGCUGUACAGCACUGAGGACCACAUCCACUUUUUGCAGAACUUCAACUACCUCUGCACCCCCACCGACGACAGCUUCAUACCUAAAGUGGCGGUGAACCCUGACUUCUCCUUCGGGGCUGUCAGGAAAGCCGUGGCUGAGAUCAAGGAUCGUCUGGAGGAGUUUGGCAGAGAGGAGCUGCUGAGGAUCUCUAAGUCAGUAAAUGAAGUUCCGGUGUACACCACAGAAAGUCGAACAUUGGACAGACGGAGCAGAGGCAAAGAGGUGGUGGACAACGCUCCUCCUCCAGAGCCAAAGAGCAGAGCGGACUUUGUGAAAUACUUCUGCCAGCUGAAAAUGGACUCUAACACGGCCUACAAGGAGCUGUACAUCUCUGAAAGCAGCAGAAAAGUCAUACGCACUCGGGAGCUGCAGCCCUACAGUGACAGCACAGAGCGGUUCGACAGCUUCGCCCAGGUGCUUUGCCGUGAGGCGUUGUCUGGAGGCCGCUUCUACUGGGAGAUCGAGUGGAGCGGGGAGUUCUCCAUCGGCGUGGCCUACAAGAGCAUCAGCCGGAAGGGCAAAGGGUCGCUGUGUCUGCUCGGCUACAACGACAAAUCCUGGAGUCUGCUCUGCUCUGACACCGGUUACUCUGCCUGGCACAACCGGGUGGACAAAGCCGUCAGCGGCCCCCACUCCCCCAGAAUAGGCGUGUACCUGGACCACACUGCAGGCGUGCUGGCGUUUUACAGCAUAGGCAACACCAUGACCCUCCUGCACAGGUUCGAGACCAAAUUCGUCGAGCCUCUCUAUCCAGGCUUCGGAGUUGGAACCUCAGUCAAGAUCUGCAACGUGAAGUGAGCACCUAUGUUUGAGCUUUCAUUCAAAUAUCCUCCACAUGUUUCUCAUAAUAUGCAGCCAUGCUUUUGGAAAUAUAUAUUUUUGCAAACCAACAUUAAUGAAGUUAUAUUUUUGAAGAAAAAUGUUCCUCCCUAAAGUGUGCAUCCUUUCUUUUUUUAACGUUACAUAUCACAUUUUACAUCUUGCAUUGAUGUCAAAUCACAUUUUCAUGAUAGUUUUCAGAGAUAUUAUUGAAAUACAUAAUCACACAAGUACAAUAUAAAGUGUUAUAUUUAAGCAUCUGAUCAUAACUGCUGGAUAAUAUUAUAACAUGUCAGUCUCCUUGGGCUGAACCUCUUAAUGUUAAAGGUUUCCAUGGAAGCAUAAGGGACAUGAUAUAUCUCAAGUAAUAAUGUAAUUAAAAAUGAAUGUAACCCGAGAUAACCUGAGGUACAUUUUCUUAUAUAUGAGGACUUUUAUUCAUGUUAAAUUAAUUUAAAAUAUAUUGCACCCUAAUGAUCAGCAUGAGUAACACAAAAACAAGCAUGUUGGUGCAUUAACAGAUAUUAUUUACACAUUUUCAACAACAUAUCUCACUGGCAUGUUCUGAUAUUAUCUGAUAGUUGUCACACCAGUUGCUGAGAGUCCUCACAGCUUUAUUUUCACUUGAACUAACCCUUAUUUAAUUGUAUGUAUGUUUACAUAUAUAUUGGACAACCAGAGUAUAAUUCAUAUCAAGAAAUGACUUGUUUUUUAACAAAAUUAUUCAUUGACGGUUCUAAAUAAAGAGCUAAAUUAAUGGAA